CAGAUUGAACAGGAGCGUAUUGAUAAGAUCUGGCCCAAGCUGCGGGUGCUGGCACGCUCCUCUCCCACGGACAAACACACCCUGGUCAAAGGCAUCAUUGACAGCACCGUGCUGGAGCAGAGGCAGGUCGUCGCGGUAACAGGGGACGGAACCAAUGACGGCCCUGCUCUGAAGAAGGCUGACGUCGGCUUCGCCAUGGGAAUCGCCGGCACAGAUGUGGCCAAAGAGGCCUCUGACAUCAUCCUGACGGACGACAACUUCAGCAGCAUCGUGAAGGCGGUGAUGUGGGGGAGGAACGUCUACGACAGCAUCUCCAAGUUCCUCCAGUUCCAGCUGACGGUCAACGUGGUGGCCGUGAUCGUGGCCUUCACCGGGGCCUGCAUCACUCAGGACUCUCCCCUCAAGGCGGUGCAGAUGUUGUGGGUGAACCUGAUCAUGGACACCUUCGCCUCGCUCGCCCUGGCCACCGAGCCUCCCACCGAGGCCCUGUUGCUACGGAAACCCUACGGCAGAAACAACCCGCUCAUCUCCCUGACCAUGAUGAAGAACAUCCUGGGGCACGGCAUCUACCAGCUAGUCAUCAUCUUCACCCUGCUCUUCGUCGGCGAGCAUAUCUUCAACAUCGACAACGGCCGCAACGCCCCGCUGCACUCUCCGCCCUCGGAGCACUACACCAUCGUCUUCAACGUCUUCGUCAUGAUGCAGCUCUUCAACGAGAUCAACGCACGCAAGAUCCACGGAGAGAGGAACGUCUUCGACGGCAUCUUCAAGAACCCCAUCUUCUGCUCCAUCGUGCUGGGCACCUUCCUCAUGCAGAUCGUGAUCGUGCAGUGGGGGGGUAAGCCCUUCAGCUGCGCCCCCCUCAACGUGGAGCAGUGGCUGUGGUGUCUGUUCGUGGGCGUGGGGGAGCUCCUCUGGGGGCAGGUGAUCGCCACGGUGCCCACGGCGCGGCUGCCGUGCCUGAAGGAGGCGGGGAUGGGUCUGGAGCCGGGCGAGGACGAGGGGGAGGAGAUGGCGGACGACGAGGAGGAGAUCGACUGCGCUGAGCGGGAGCUGCGGCGCGGACAGAUCCUCUGGUUCAGAGGCCUGAACCGCAUCCAGACCCAGAUGGAGGUAGUGAGCACGUUCAAGCGAAGUGGUUCGUUUCAGGGCGCAGUGCGGCGGCGUUCCUCCGUGCUCAGUCAACUCCACGACAUGCGGGUGGUGAAGGCAUUCCGUAGUAACCUGUACGAGGGCCGGGAGAAGCCUGAAUCCCGGAACUCCAUCCACAACUUCAUGGCCCACCCGGAGUUCCUGAUCAACGACCUCAUCCACAACAUCCCUCUGAUCGACGACACCGACGUGGACGACGAGUCCGAGCUCAGCCGCUACCAGCACCUGCACCCAGCCCUCCGCAAGCCGCCUCCCCCUCCCGCCCAAGCCCCGCCUCCGGUCCGCACCCGCCCCACCCGCCCCUACCGGCAGUACAGCCUCCCGGUCACCCCGUGCAACAGGAACAACAAUAACAACCAGAGCAGCAUCCUCCGGGCCAAUGUGGGCAGCAGCAUAGACACAACAGUAACCCAUGGCAACCUGAGAGCCUAUCCCGGCAACUACCCUGCCCAUCAAGGCAACUACCCCGCCCAUCAAGGCAACUACCCCGCCCAUCAAGGCAACUACCCCGCCCAUCACAGCAACUACCCCGGCCAUCAAGGCAACUACCCCGGCCAUCACAGCAACUACCCCGCCCAUCACAGCAACUACCCCGCCCAUCACAGCAACUACCCGCCCAUCAGGGCAGAGACAGGCCGGGCAAGCCCCUCUGCUCCUUCCCCCCUCCUCACCCGCUCUACUGCGUGGAAACCUCCUUGUAGCUGGAGGUGGGCGGUGAGGCGGGGGUCAGGUAGAGUGGGCGGGGCGGGGCGGGGCGGGGCGGGGCGGGGGGGGCUGUCCCCUCAGGUCCCCAGGGAUGGCGGGAGGGAGUGGACGGUUGUUUUUGAAGACUUCUUCUCGCUGCUCCUGGAGAGCAUUGUGACUUUUCCCUCCUUCCCUCUACCCCCCCCCCCCCCCCCCCCCCCCUUCUGA